UCUUCUCGCACUCUCCUCGCCCGACUUUGCUCUCUUCCCGUGCACAAAUCAGCCCUCUGCAGCUCGGAAGCAUACAAACCAGGUUAAACCACACAGGAUAAACAUGACUUCGACCUUUGAGGACCUGAUCCCGGUCGUCAACAAGCUGCAGGACCUGGUGUUCAACACCAUCGGUACCGACACGAUCGAUCUUCCGCAGGUUGUUGUCGUGGGCAGUCAGUCUUGCGGCAAGAGCUCGGUGCUCGAGAACUUGGUUGGCAAGGAUUUCCUUCCGCGCGGCACCGGCAUCGUCACGCGGCGCCCUCUUAUUCUCCAGCUGAUCAACAUCCCGUACUCCUCACCUUCCACGCUCUCUCAACCACCACCUCCCGCGCCAUCGUCCACGACCGCCUACGAUCCCGCCGGCGAUCUUUCGACCGCGACCACUCGGACUACGAGCCCGCGCCAGGAAGAGUGGGCCGAGUUCUUGCAUGUGCCGGGACGCAAGUUUUACGACUUCACCGAGGUCAGGCGCGAGAUUGAGAAUGAUACGGUGCGCAUCGCUGGUAACAACAAGGGGAUCAAUAAGACGCCUAUCAAUCUCAAGAUUUUCUCGCCUCAUGUGCUCAAUCUCACGCUUGUGGACUUGCCCGGUUUGACCAAGAUUCCCAUCGGUGAUCAGCCGACCGAUAUCGAGAAGCAGACGCGUGGCUUGAUCAGCGAAUACAUUACCAAACCCAACAGUAUCAUUCUCGCAGUCUCGCCAGCAAACGUCGAUCUCGUCAAUUCCGAGUCGCUCAAGCUUGCCCGCCAGGUUGACCCGCAAGGCCGACGAACGAUUGGCGUGUUGACGAAACUUGAUCUGAUGGACCACGGCACGAACGCGAUGGAUAUUCUGUCUGGACGGGUAUACCCGCUCAAGCUGGGCUUCAUCGGAGUCGUGAACCGGUCACAGCAGGAUAUUCAGGUCAACAAGAGUCUGCAGGAUUCGUUGCAGGCCGAGCAGGAUUUCUUCCGAAGCCAUCCGGCGUACAGGAAUAUUUCGUACCGAUGCGGCACGCAGUACCUGGCCAAGAGCUUGAAUAACACGCUGAUGGCACAUAUCCGUGAAAAGCUGCCGGAUAUCAAGGCGCGGUUGAAUACGCUUAUGGGGCAAACACAGCAGGAGUUGGCGUCGUACGGAGAGCCGCAGAUGACUGGAUCGGGAAAUAAUGGCGUUUUGAUUCUUCAGUUGAUGACAAAGUUUGCGACGAGUUUUGUGGCUUCGAUUGAUGGUACGUCGUCGGAUAUUUCGUUGAAGGAACUGUGUGGAGGAGCGCGGAUCUACUACAUUUACAAUGAUGUGUUUGGCACACAAUUGGGCCAGAUUGAUCCGACGUCGAACCUGUCGGUGCACGAUAUCCGGACGGCGAUCCGAAACUCGACGGGCCCGCGGCCGUCGUUGUUUGUGCCGGAGCUUGCGUUUGAUUUACUGGUGAAGCCGCAGAUCCGGUUGCUGGAUCCGCCUUCGCAGCGAUGCGUGGAGCUGGUAUACGAAGAGCUGAUGAAGAUCUGUCAUACCUGUGGCGGACACGAGCUGAGUCGGUACCCGAAGCUGCAGUCGAAGAUAAUUGAGGUUGUGAGCGAUUUGCUGCGGGAGCGAUUGGGGCCUACGUCGAAGUACGUUGAGAGCCUGAUUGCGAUUCAGCGGGCGUACAUCAACACGAAGCACCCGAACUUUCUUGGCGCGGCGGCGGCGAUGUCGAGUAUUUUGUCGAGUCGACAGGAGAAGGAGAAGAAGGCGCGGGAGGCGCAGCGGAAGCUUGAGCGGAUGGAGGUCAAGAAGGCGGUAUUGAACGGCGAGGGAGCGGCGGAUGGUAAGCAUUCCCCCCCAGUCGAAGGACAGCACCAUAAUCAUCAUCACCAGCAUCAGCAUCAUCAGCAUCAGCAUCAGCGUCAGAGUAGUAGGAGCAGCAGUCAGCGGCCGCGAGCAGAUUCGAAUGCGAGCGAGGCGUCGAUGAGUCAGAGUAUAAGCAACGGCAAUGGCAAUAACAACGGCAAUGGCAGCGCGAAAGACUCGAACUCGUCGUUGAUGAGUUUUUUCUUUUCGAAAGAGCAUGGACAUCAUGCGCAAGCUGCGGCGACGACGAUGGCUGGUGGUGUUGGAGCUGGUGCGGGUGAGAAUGGCGAUGGGGUAGGAAGUAAAUCAAGCUCACAUACUCGUGCGGAUCUAGGUUCCUCUACUCCAUCGGCAGAGCAGCAGCAGCAGCGACAUCAGCAGCACGGCGCGCGGCAGUCGGAUGCGUCCGAGGAUUUGACGCGGGAGUUUGAGCAGAUGAGCAUGACGAACGCGCAGGCGUCGUCAGCGUCGCCGUCGCCGUCGUCGUCGUCGGGAUUCAUGCAGCAGCACGGAGGGAUGACGGGCACGUUGGGCGCGAUCAACGGGGAAGAAGGCACGCUGUCUGAGCGGGAGCAGUUGGAGACGGAGUUGAUCCGCCGGCUGAUCAACUCGUACUUUUCGAUUGUGCGGGAGACGAUCCAGGACCAGGUGCCGAAGGCGGUGAUGCAUCUGCUUGUGAACUACAGCAAGGAGACGAUCCAGAACCGGCUUGUGUCUGAGCUGUACAAGGAGGCGCUGUUUGAGGAGUUGCUGCAGGAGGACGCGGCGAUUGCGCAGGAGCGGCAAAAGUGCGAAAAGAUGCUGCGGACGUAUACGGAGGCGGCGCGGAUCAUCAACGAGGUGGUGUAGACGAGUUAGCUGAUGCUAUAGCUUGUUGUGAGUUUUUAUUGUGCAGUGUUUCAUAUAUCUAUAUAUACAUAUCAUAUACUUUUUCUUUGUUUAUAUUUUGAAUUAUAUUUAUACCAAAAAUACAGAGUCGGAAGAUAAGCGGAGAGAAGGCUGGAAAUUGACGGAAGGGGGUUGGUCAGUCUGGGCCCUAACCCGAAGAAUGCGGUGGUACUGCAGAGUAGCCGGGGGAGGAGGAGAGAAGAGGCGCGGGAGGGGAGAAGAAGCAGGGGGGAGGGAAGGGAGAGGAGAGGAGGAUGA